CACGAAAAUAGCCGUUGUGGAGAAAAUCAGAUCAAGAGCGAUCGCGUGAGCGAUGGAGAGAACCGACUCCUCUGCAAUUAGAUUUCUUCGCUCACACUCUUGAAAUUUAGGAAAGAGCAAGCUCCUGUCGAAGAUAUCACGCCCGGCGAUCUCAGAGAAGGAAGCUGAAAGUGAAGACGCCGUGAAAUGUCUGCAGGAUAAAGCCACGGCUGGAAAACAAGGACUGGGUAUCAAAGACCGACCGAAGCAAAUAGCCGCCGGUGUUCAUUACCAAGGGAAGAAGACUUCGUUUGGUAACAGUAGUGAUGAUAUGAUGCCUGGAACAGGGAAAACCUCCACAAUGGUCCAUCAUCCAUGCUAUAUGCUGCGUGCUUCUGAAGCCAGCGAUCAGAAUGCGAUCAACAAUCCAGUUGAAGCUUCCAUAAUAGCUGAGAUCGUGGAGGAGCUAGUUAACAAUGGAGUGGAUAGUAAAGAUAUUGGAAUCAUCACUCCUUAUAACUCACAAACGAGUCUCAUUCAACACGCAAUUUCAACGACGCCUGUGGAGAUACAUACUAUUGACAAGUGUCAGCUUUGGCUCAAGGACUCUUACCGUUCUUCUUUUCUUAUGCAUUUUGAUUUGGCAAGAGUGUGUUCUUUAAUAGCCAACGUUUUGAUGAGCUCACAUGGUUUAGGGAAGAGAUAAAUACUGCAUAUUGGUAUCCUUUAUGAGGUAGUUACGGGAGAAACCAAGGAGCUUUGCUUCUUCACCGCUCGGAGAUUGACAUAGGAUCAACGUUGCUUUGACUCCAGCAAAGGAGGAUCAAUGUUGCUUUGACUCGAGCAAAGGCGUGGGGUAGAGCAUAUGGUGUUGAAAAUAAUGUUUUAUUUUUGGACAUUAUGAGUUGUAACUUUGUUUGGUUUUCACAGGAAAAGUUGAUAAUGGCGGGAUCACAAAGUUGACAAUAAAAGCAUUCACAUAUCCAGGACUCAUGUCAUAUUCAGUGACUUAUUAUUAUUCAUGAAAUAGUUGAAGUUUGGAAAUUUCA